ACCUGAAGUGAACCAUUUUCUUUGCGCGCCCAACGUCGGUUCUACAAACUGGUAUUACGCACCUGAAGUGCUGUGUCAUAGCCAGGUUAACCUAUACAGCACCUUCUACGAUACCUAAAUCGUUUGGUCAAGAUACGGCGUCAGUAGGCAUAUACGCUUAGGUUACGAGACAGCUGUGGUUUCGCGAAGGGAGGAGUUACGACCAAGGCCUCCCCUGCUUUGAGUCGCUGGUGACUGGGGACACAUGUCACUCCUUCAAGCCGCGCUAGAGCAAGCGUUGCACCAGAUCAGGACGAAUGUCACAUCGUUCAGCGAUGCCUUACGCAGCCGACUCCGUAACAUAGCACUCGAAAUCGCGUCAGCUUUAGAGUCGCCACAUGAAACUCACCGGGCGUUAUGGUGUGCGCCAUGGCACCCUACCGCCCUGAAAGUGGCUGCGGACGCAGGAUGGUUACAGCUCCUGGCCUCAAGCGACAGACCACUGACUGUUGAAGAAAUUGCCGCGAAGACCAAAGGCACGCCAACCGUAGUACUGCAAUUCGUCCGCGUCUUGACUGGACUCGGGUAUGUAGGCCAGAACGACUCCGGCGCAUUUGUCGCGAACGAGAAGACGCGAACGCUCGCUAGCGAGCUCGGCGUAAGCCUUAUCGCUUUGACGACGGAUAAUUUCGUCAGAACAGCGCAGGCUACACCCACCUGGCUUGCCAGAAAGGACUACCAACCGCCCAGGGGCGUCAGCGACACGGCAAUGCCGUUGUGGACGGGCGGGAAGACGAUGUGGGAGUGGAUGGAAGAACAUUCAGAUAGUCGCGCGGUGUUCAGCAAAGUGAUGGCGGCGGAGCAAUCGGUGCGACCGGACUGGACUCUCAUCUACCCAUGCAAAGAGCGCAUGAUGCGAAGCUCACCAUCACCAGAAGUCCUGCUUGUCGACAUCGGCGGCAACACAGGCCUGCACCUGCGUAUGUUCCGAGACCGUCGAUUCGGGCUCCCGGGUGAGCUCGUGCUGCAAGACCUGCCCGGGAAUGUAGAAGCUGUCGAUGCCACGCUCAAUGCGGGCAUUGAGGCUAUGGCGUACGAUUUCUUCACGCCGCAGCCGGUCAAAGGGGCGGGGAACUAUUACAUGAGUCGGAUUCUGCACGAUUGGUCGGACGAAGAGGCCACGACCAUUUUGAAGAAUCAGGCUGGUGCGAUGGCGACUGGAUCUAGGCUUCUGAUCAACGACUUUGUGCUGCCAGAGGCGAAGACUGCGUUGUUCCCGGCCUGUCUGUCAGCGUUGAUGAUGUGCAAUGUGGGCGGUAUGGAGCGGACCCGAAGCCAGUGGGAGAGGUUAUUGGCUGGGGCUGGGAUGCGCAUUAUGGAUAUCAUUAGUAUGAGCGAGGACGGCGAUUCUAUUAUCGAAUGCGCGCUGGUAUGAACAGGAGACACCGUAAGGCUCUCGGCCGGAUUGCAUCCGAGCAAUGCUCGUAUAGCGUACUUGACUAGGUUUACAGCGUAGAUG